AUGGCACAAUUCACAGAACACAGUACAAGCACAAUUUGCAGAACACAGUGCUUUCAAUUGCAGCAGCCUCCAUGCUCCCAGUCCAAGCUUGAUGGCCUCCAUGCUCCCAGACAGCUGGAGCUCGAUUUUGCGGACCGUGGCCGCGUACUGCAGGGCUCCAGCACCACACAGCUAGCGCAUGGGAAACCGGCCUCUGCGACUGUGCGUUGCCAGCAGGCAAGGCGCAGAGCGCCCCCGAGGCGCCUAACUGGCAGGUGCGGCAUCAGGAACGAGGACACCCGGGCUCCGCGGGAGGAAGAAGAGAAGGGAGGCCGACGCAUGUGCUCGCGGGAGAGACGGCGGCGGAGGGGAAGGACCGAGUGUGGCGACGGCGGCGGAUAA